AUGAUCGGCAGAAACAUGGCUGCUGCUGCUGCUGCUGCUGUUGUGUUGCUGGAGCGGCCGAGCACUGCGAGUCGGGGAACGAUGCGCGUUUAUGUCUGUUUUUUAUUUACUUUUUUAAUUUCGGCUUCAGCCGCUCAGGUCCGGUCUGCGGUGUUUAACCAGCAGACUGGGAAACUGGACCUGAAAGAUGGAUUUCAACCGGAUUUCGUUGCUUUCGCCAACUUUACAGAUGACAUUCGUAACACGGGAUGGUCUUACCUGGAGGUUGUAACCAGUGGCAAGUACAAUGACACACUGCAAGCUUAUGGCGCUGGAGCUGUGGAGGCUUCGGUCACGUCUGAGCUGAUCUAUAAGCACUGGAUAAACACCCUGAUGGGAUACUGUGGCCCGUUUAAAUAUGAUCCAGGUUACUGCAGCCGUCUGAAGGAAUACAUUACUGACAAUUUGGAGUGGGUGAACCAAGAAAUAGAGAAAAACCCAGACUCACCAUACUGGCAUCAGGUUCACUUGUCUCUACUGCAGCUGCAAGGCUUGGAAGAUGGUUAUAAUGGGCAGGUCACUUCUCCUGGAAGACUUUCAUUUAACCCCUUAGGCUUUUUACUUUUUCAGAUGGGAGGAGACUUGGAGGAUUUAGAGGCUGCCCUAAACAAAUCCAGCCUGACACAUACAGUGGGUUCUGGUUCCUGUUCUGCUUUAAUCAAGCUUUUACCAGGAAACAAGGAGCUAUUUGUGUCACAUGACACUUGGAACACCUAUCAGUCAAUGCUGAGGAUUAUGAAGAAGUACACAUUCUCAUUUUCCAAGUCUCAAAGAGAUAAGACAUUAAUUCCUGGAGACACCCAGGCUUUCUCCUCUUAUCCUGGUUCCAUCUUUUCAGGGGAUGACUUUUAUAUCCUCAGCAGUGGUCUGGUUACUCUGGAAACCACAAUUGGCAACAGUAACCCGGACCGGUGGAAGUUUGUGAUGCCGCAGGGGGCUGUCAUGGAGUGGCUAAGAAACAUUGUGGCCAACCGACUCGCUCAAACUGGCAUAGAGUGGGCAGAAAUUUUUGGCCAGCACAACAGUGGAACGUAUAACAACCAGUGGAUGAUAGUUGACUAUAAAAACUUUGUUCCAGGGAAGCCUGAUAUCAAGCAAGGGCUGUUUACUGUGCUUGAGCAGAUUCCAGGAUUGAUUCAGAUUGCAGAUAAAACUCAGGAGCUCUAUAAGACCAGCUACUGGGCCAGCUACAAUAUCCCGUAUUUUGAAAAGGUGUUUAAUGCAAGUGGUGGCCAAGAUCUGGUGAAGAAGUACGGGCCAUGGUUUUCUUAUAAUGAGAAUCCCAGGGCUCAGAUAUUCUCUCGGAACCAAACCCUCGUCACUGAUAUGGAAUCCAUGGUGCGACUGAUGAGGUAUAACAACUUCAAGAAUGAUCCCUUGUCAGAAUGUGAGGGCUGUGACCCCCCUCAUAACGGAGAGAAUUCAAUCUCUGCACGAUCCGAUCUUAACCCAGCUAACGGGACAUAUCCUUUUGGAGCUCUGAAACAAAGACCUCAUGGUGGAACAGAUAUGAAGGUAACAUCCUAUGCCUUGUUCAGGCAGUACGAGUUGCUGGCGGUCAGUGGGCCUACAUGGGAUCAGGUGCCUGUGUUUCAGUGGAGCACCUCACCCUACCAAAACUUGACACACAUAGGCCACCCAGACCGCUGGGACUUCCCCACUGUGCAUGUUCGGUGGUCAAAAUAAGUCAUGAGAGACACACUGAAUGGCCUGUAUCUUAUAUUAGAGCUACACACACUGGCCAUUUUACUGGAAACAGCUAUCACAUAAGUGCCUGUAGCCCAAGGUUUCCCCAGUGCUGUUCCUGGAUCCCCUAAGCUUGGCAUAUUUUAGUGGAUUUCCUGAACACACCCCUCACACUGUAAAAGGGCUUGAUAAUGAGCUGAUUUUUUAAAAUCUGGAGUAUUGGCAAAAAUGACAGCAAAAAAAAAGUGGCAAGAGGGCCCAGGACCAGGGUUGGGAAACACUGCUGUAUUUCAAGGUUAUGUUUCUAUGAUGAUCUAAUUCCAUUGUUAGAAGUGGUUCACAAACUAUGCAGCUGUAUAUGGGCUUUAGUCAGUGAUUAAAUGGUUGUUUUUUUUCUGUUAAAUGUAAUGACUAGUGAGUGAAGAGGUAGCUUUAAAAAAUACUGGUCUCUCAAUGUGUGUGUGCUCUGAAAAUGAAAUACAUCUUUGGUUUGUUUGGACAAGACUAGCAUUAAUCAGAUAAUUCUUAUCAAAGAUUUUAAAUCUGUUUACAUACAGUUUAAUUAAAGAAAAAUAUAAUCCUGUUUAUAAUCCGCAACAACUGCAUGUGCACUCAGGGUUAACCAGACUUUGGUGUUGGUUAUUGUAGUAAGGGCAGUUUUAAGAGAAAAGCAGAUUUGCACAAAAUGAUUGAAUCAUGUUACGUGUUCGUAUUAUUCAUGCUGUGGUUAUCAUAUUUUUGGGUUUUUUUGUGUUCUGUAAGAAAUACUUUUGUGAACAUUCUGGGCUGAAAUAACUGAAUUUGCACAUUUGUUUGACUGAUUUUUUUUAUUUACAAGUUUUCUCAAUAAAUAAGAACGUUUUA